AUGAAUUUGGACGCAGGUGUGAUGAGCACCACCAAGUUUUCCUGCAGCCCCCUGGAGCUUCAGACAAGCGCAGGAGACGGUGAAGAGACUUCUGUCAACGUGCCGUCGGUUCGCCCCUCUGAUUCCGCCAUUACGGCUGCGAUGGCCGAGUUCUCGCAUCUCCUGUUAGGGGCCCUCCACGAGAGCAUUGUGUUCAUCGAUGAUCUCAUUGGUAAGACGGCGGCUGUGAGACCUUGAGACAACCCAACGGCAGCCCCACUGUAGCCAUAGAUAGUGUUAAGUUCAAAAAAUCGGUCGUUGCACUAAUGAGGACUUCAAGGUUUCCUAAAAAUUCCCACCUCGGAAUUUAAUGCGUGAACGUGGGGCAAAUCCUUCGGACCAAAGCUUUUUAGGCCUCCGAAAGUUGAAAGGAACAUUUGAGCUGAAAUUCAUCAGCUACUGUUGAAUUAGCGCGUAAUGUUUACAAGCUACCAACAGGCAAUAAUUAGCAUAAAAUAACUGAUGAUCUAGGAUACUUGCAGCGCAGGGGUUAGUUGCCUCAGGAGCAAACAAAGGUGAUCGAACAAUGAAAAUAAAAAAACGCCGAUUGAAAAUUGCAAUCGGCAAAUCAAAGGAAGAAUGGAAUCCCCAUCUAAGAUUUGGCUACCGUCAUUUGCCAACUAUACGUCGACUACAGACGGUAGAAUUGCAAUUCGACCCAUCAAGGGGUAUUGCAAUCAAACACCAUACCAGCUGAACCCCAGAUGUACAUGGUAUCGACGGCAAUCAGGGCCGUUUAGUUAUAUGCAGAUGCCGUUAAUUCGUAGAGAUGGUUUGUAGGACAAAGUUGGUCGUGCGACCAUCUGUGACGUUUCUAGACUUCAGGAUCCGAGACCAAACUGGCACGCCCAUUUCUUUCCUGAAGUCCACAAAGAUCGCCGAACGCGCUCUUUGAAACCAACUAUCCCAUUGCACGCUUUUUUCAAUUGAUCGUUUAUAAUUUUUGACUACUCCGAUCACUUUAGACUGGUGGUCCUUCAACAAAAAUUCUAGGAUUCUCCCUUGCAUCUUUCGCAAGUUUCCUGAAUCUUCAAGUUACGUUCCUUCCCCUUCUUGUCGUCUGCUCUAUCAUCCCAACUAGACAUCAGGUACGGCUUUCAGGACGCUCUCCUGGUCCAGAUACCAACGCGUUUUGUCAUAAACAUUGUGGAAAUGAAUGACCAGGCGCUCACUGCUAUCCUCGCCGAUUUGCUCACCAAGACCGAAGCCAGUGCCUGGUUCCUCGCAACCAAUACCACCAGCGCUCGCCGGGUUCUCCGACUCUUUCCGCGCCAUCAUCUCGCCAGUGGGCGCUUCUGUCCCAUCGGUGUGCCCUGCAACUGGCUCCUUUUUGACGCCACAGAAGAGAUGCGGGACUGUGCCGAGAUCGUUUCGAGCAGCCUGAAUUCCUACCCUGGUGCGGAGUUGUCUGAAGUCCAGUUCUUCUGCGUCUCCCGGUCGUGGAAGAGGACGUCGCCUAAUUUGUUGGCCGGGAUAAUUCAAGCCGUCGGCGCCUCCUGGGCCGACAUGACGGAAAGCGAACGUGUAAGAACUGCCUGCAAGUGAACGAAGGCUACGGUUACGUUUACGAUUUCGGUUAGGGUCAGGGUUGCCGCUAGGGUUAACGGUUAACGUUUAAGGUUGCGGUUGGGGUUAGGGUUAAGGUUAGGAUUAGGUCGCGGUCCGCUUCCCCAUUCCUGGCAACCAACUGCGAUCUAGCCAGGCAUUUGUUCUUCGGCAUCCCCGGUUCAUACAUCUUUGUGUCGCUUUUUCCAUUACUUGGGCUAAUUCUUCUAGUCUUACCGUCUUCACGAAUGUGUCGGCCAAGGUCUAUCAUAGGCGUAAUUACUUAGGUGGCCUCCAGCUGGCCUCAUCUGCAGCACUAAAUGUCAGAGAUUAUUAUGCCAAAAGUCCAUUGAUGCCUGGGCUCUCGGUGUCCAUUUGCAUUCGCAGCCUGCAGGCUCGACCUCUUGCAUUGGCAUGCAGAGGCAAGAGUUCAAGUGUGAUAUUCUGAGUAGUUCGACAUGAUCUUUAGGAUUCGUUUUCUGCUAGGCUGACGUUUCGAACAGUUGGGACAGCUAUCGACCGCUCAAACGUGUGGUAAACACAGAACUUUGAGGUCAGUGAAUUCAAACUAGUCGUGUAUUUGAGAUCAGAGAGACUAGAACGGAUUGAAAACGCCACGGUUACUCUCACUCAUCUGUUCAGUGAUGUAAAUGAGGAGAAUAGCCCAGAAGACACAGACUUCUCUUAUUCUGGAGUAAGUUCAGAAAGAAUGUCUCAUGUUGUUUUGGUACUACUGACCUCCUGAUUUUGACAUCGAAAAAUGUAGUACUGGGCACGGCAUAAGCUAUUACACUAAAUUCUUCCACAUAACUAGGGGUUGUUAGCUAUUAUCGGCGUGUCUUCGAAGCGUACGGCAUGCAAUGGAGUACAGUUUACAUGUUAGACUUUUUAAUUUCAGCAGAAAGUAAUGUGCGUAUUCGAAGUAAAGGUGGGCAAUUAAACCUCUUCAAGUUUAGUCCGAAGGUUAGUAUGAAUAUUUGAAACGAAAUCCAUGACUUUCAACAAAUUUCAACCGAAAUGGUCGUAUUAAACUUCGGACAAAAACUGGGGAGGUUUGUACAGAGGAACAUUUUCCACGGUUACACAGAAUUUUCUGAGAAGGGUGAAAAGCCGAACACUGAAAACCGGAGUACAUACUGCAAAGAACACGGGGAUUUUGCGUGAACCCGACAGUUUAAAGGUCGAUUCUGACUAUUUCCACUGUGUGCUUCAUAGCAGGGUUAAAGCAGGGACGGUGAGCUGCUCGUGAGUUAGUAAGCUUGUGCAGCACCUAUCACACUGUCUUCUCCCCUCGCACCUGGAUCCGGUGUCAUGACAGAGUCAAGAAGAUCGAGCGGGACAGGGCGUAGGUAGCUAGCAGGCGAAAACCCACACCUAGGCGUGCCACCACACCCCUGGCCCACAGAGUACACUGACAUACACUGUAUACAACAAAAAUAGGGAGCGGCACAGAUCCCAACUGGCGCGGACAUGCUGCCACACUCCCGUGUUGGCAUUUGUUAUGGGCGUGUAUUCUCGAUAACGCCUGCCAGAUUGCGAUCUAGCCUCCAUAUUGGUCCCUCACAUCCACUGCGUGGCCCAUUUUAGGGGUGGAAGUGAGCCCACUACGGCACAAAAUCGGUGAAGCAUAUGUCUGGGCUUUUAGUUAGCAUCCGUGCUUGGCGUAUGGUCAAUCGAUCAAUAUUUAUAUUAUGCAUGUCUUUGGGGUCGUCGAAAACCCUACUUGAGAUCUGCAUCGCAAUCGAACACCCUCCACUGGACGCGACAUACAAUCCAGCCAUGCCCACUAAAGAACAGUUAAUUCAGUUUAUUACGCAGAAAUUAUUACACCCCGUUAGCUAAUCAGUCGGUCCACCAUGUGAGCUAAACGCAGCCAAAAUCAGACUGCAGGAUGUACAAGUAUAAAUCAACAGUUCAAACUGAGAAUGCAUUGUCCUUUGUUGUUGCUUAAUGGUCUGAUAUUACGUGCGCCUUCGUGUGUUAUUGACAAGGAAUAUCGUACGGGCUGCAUUACAGGCCGCAUUAGAAGUCAUCAGGGCGCUCCGUUAAUGGAAAAAAACAAUUCGGAAAUGUGUUAUGAUGCCUCCCAUCUUCGGUCUCGAAGAAAACUUAACGUUAGCAUACGGCGGAGUCCGUGAUUGGAUGCCUGUCGCUAGAGUAAAUGCAGGAAAGUGCAGGACCGAAAUACAGGCGCGCAGCUGGCUAGUAUUAUUGAUAUAAUCAGAAAAUUCUGAACAACAAGCAUACUUUCUCAAUCAUCUUCACUCUAUGAACAUUCUCCCGUUCAUCCGUUUAUUCUCCUUCUAGCCACAGGAAAAUAUAAGCACUGAGUCUUUGCCUUAAGCACAAUUAAGAGGAGUCUUGUAAACAGUAUACAGCGGUGGUUUUUGUCUUACUAGAUCGUGUUCCAGGCGCGAAAGUUGCAUAUAUCAAAACAGCUUUUGGAUAUUCCAACUCAAUUGGAAUCAUAGCUGAUGUUGAAAUUCCGCAAAAUUAAUUGCCCCAUCCCGAACUCUGAAUUCACUUGGAAGGUUAUAAAGGACCUCGGAAGGCAAUGCGACUUUUCAAAUGAUCGCUCGUCUCAAAGCGUUAGAGCUUUAUUUGAUCCCCGAUAGUGCUGUCAAUUCGAUAAAAGGGAGGUUUUUUGAAUUCGCCUAGCUGCUUGUAUAAGCAUAUUUUGCAAUAUGCAUUGAUAAAUUUCCAAGGUUUGUGAGCAUCUGCUAUACCAUGGUCAGCAAACCAUGAUUCUAGUAACCUGAUGGACACUGGAAGUUCUCCGGUACCUGGUUCUCUAACAGUAGCUGCGCUUACGCUCCCUCUGGACAUACAUGUCGUACGUAUGGCUCCCCAGUCGCCCAGGUCCUUUCUGUUGUUGUUGGUAAAAAUCCUGGUCAAGUGUAUGUUGUGGACCAGGGGGUAUGGAGUGGAGCGCCAAGGUUCGGGUUCGGCUGCGUGAGCCAGCUGAGCCUUCCCCUGCCUCCGGUCUUCUUGACUCUGUCUUGACACCUGACCCAGGUGGGUGAGGAAGAGGGAGCGCGGUAGAUGCUGUACAAGUACACAACCAUGUCGGCUUCACCUUCCUAUGGAGCAUGUGGUGGACAUCGUCGGUGGUGAUGGUUUAACUAUCAGUGAUAAAUUUAAACAAUCAACAUUGUAAGCGUCUAAUGUUUUAAUUAAGGGAUUAUGCGCCGUUUAACAUUUCGGCAAUAAUUAUAUGCCGGUCUAUCUUGCAUGCCCAAAAAUGAAGGAGAAUAAGCUGGCAUCUUCAAAAGUCAUUGGUUGAGAUAUUCUAGAUAUCAGUCUGGAUCCCCAUGAGUUUGCACAAGGUUUUUUCAUGAAAGUGAUUUCAAAAGCAGAUAUAUGUCACCCUUUGGACAGAAAAACUCGAGACAAACUAUUAUUUUCCUCGGAAGAUCCUGAAGACGGGAAAAGAUCGCGAAACUCCGUCUGACAGAUUCACAAUACGCGCCGUUCGUAAUCUGCGGAGGGAAAAGGAAAUUCGCAGUUUUUAAGGACAUUCCCGGGCCAUUUGACUGCUUCAAGGUCACAUAGCAUAUAGGCAAAUGAAACAUUCCCAGGACAAACGAAACUUUUUGAGAUUCGAUUUUUACUCCAGUAUCGCGGCUCACUAAACGACCUUUAUAAGAAAACAUUUCUUUUUUGAAAGCCGCCGACUGUCUUCAAGUUGAGUGAAUCACCUUUCUUUUUUCCUUGCCCAGCUGCAAGCCAUUUUUAGCUACGAGGCAACCUUCUCGGCGGCUCUCGUUCUUCAAAAUCUGAUUUCUCGGAAGGAGUGGAACACUAGUCGGUCGAAAGAGCCCUGUUCUGUCGAAAAUUCCUCACGAAAUGAAACCAGCUACAUGUACAAAUUCGCCGAGGAAGUUCGGAAGGUAAGACUACUGUUCUCCUAGCAUAUCCGGCAGAGGUUCUUGGAAUUAACCUGCUGUAGGGUCAAGCGAGUCUUUGUUCAUUUGCUCCGAUGCCGUGCGAUGUCGAGGAAACCUACUGCAGCAGCAGCAUUGGUGAUUUCAUGGCUUCUUCACCAACCAGGAUGGUGAUGCUAACUUGGGCAUCCGGAACUGCUGUUCGUGCACGCUAACUCCACGAUUCCCUCCAACUCAAAACAUUGUUAAUUUGUUCUGAGGUAGACUUUGAAGCCUUUGAAGCUUUAACGAGGGGGUUGGGACCAGCUACACAACCAUCGUUCUUUCUUGAUGAUUUCUCACCCAUCAGACUCUGCACGAUUAAGGUGUGUCAGAGAACAGUAGUCGUAUUCUCUGAAUAUCCCCCGCCUGCAUUAGAUGUGCAGUCUCGUGAAUUGUUAAUCGAAAUUUAAAAAUAUGUCUCCGAUUUAAAAAAGAUUAAAUAAGUAGUAUCGCAAGACAAACUGUCACGCAGUGUGACCAUGGAAUAUUUCGGUUAGAUCAGGAUUUUGGUUUUCAAACAAACUUAUUUCCGGUGCUUGCAAUAGUUAAACUCUAUAGAAAUGACUGCUUACGUAAUAUGAAUUUUUGGCACAGAUUUUCGACGCCACCUAUGCACUUAAACAUAUUUUAUAGGAAACAUAAGCAAAAGUAUUUUUCAUGUCCACAUUUAGUAAAUAAUAACGUCUACUUCAAAUCUUAUACUUGAAGAAAGCGUAUCGUUCGGUUCCAAAGAACAUUCUCAAUUCCUGGGUAAUUUUAGACCUGACGUGCCGUAUCACUUGCAUUUAGAGUUCUUAAACUGCAGUCUGUAUAUCUUCCCUGUGGGGUAAAUCGUACAUUUAUAUGUGCUACUAAGAAGAUGCCAUACAGGGCUCGUGAGAUUUUGCGUUGGAUAUGAACCGCGUUGUAUGCUUUAAAAGCAGUAUUAAUAAAUGGACGGAUAAGAAGCUGUAGUAGUAGUAGUAGUAGUAGACAUUUCGCGGUUCUGAAAAGCCCAUAAUUAGAAGUUUUAUAAAAGUAAAAAGUAGCCUCUCCAAGUACGCCAUUUGAAGUAGGGGCGAUUUUUUAUCAACUGAGUACAUAAACAAUAUUUUUGCGUAUGCUUCCUAUAAAGUAUCAUGGAAUUACAAGGAUGUUAAAAAUCCAUGCGAAAACCUACACUAUCUAAGUAAUCAUUUUUACAGAGUUUAGUUACCGCAAGCGGCUGAAAAAAACUUGUUUAAAUGUCAGUAUCAUAAUGUGACUGAAAUACACUGUGACCAGACUUCACGACAGUUAAUAUUACGACACCACUUAAGUAAUUUUUUUACUGAAGGCGUUUCAAAAUUUCGGUUGAUAUUUCAUGUGAUUACAUAUCUACUGUAUAUUUUCUCCUCACUCCAUGCAGUUGAAUAUUUGACAACAUCAAAGAUAAGGUCUUUAAGUUCCAUGAGUAAAAUCGUUCAUUCGGCGAGAGUAUGAGAGAACGUGCCAUCUCUUGAUCAAAUCAGAGCUAUGGGAGAUAAAGUUGCAAACUGCCUAAAGACGAAGCACGGUUCCCACUUUUGAUGGGCAUCAUAAACAAUGAAUAGCACUCACGUCUGUGCGAGACAACUAAAAUAUAGAUUAGCAGGUAGCAGAAAUUGUGUAUUGUGAAAGAAAUAAUAAACAAUCCGAAAUAAUUCCGAGUUACUUAAUUGCUUGCCGGCGAAUUCGGAGUCUUCUGUUCGCCAACGAAAGAAAGACCUGAUGUGUGGUCAGCCUAUACUAGAAGGAUGCAAGUAUUCAUUUCAAAGCAGCCUUAUCAAGUGUGUAACGGAAAACCAAAUUGGGGCAGUUAAGUCCAUAAGGACGUUCUGCAGAGGUGCGAUGGCCUCUGAGGGACCUUCUGUUUAAGACUGCAUUUGCUUUCUCUGGUUUGUAUUUGUGACCUGUCACGCUAAGAAACGCAUGUUCUGCGCACUGUUAAGUGGUCCAAACUUUCCCUGCCUGGGUGGCAGCUGAGUGUGUUACGCUGCCGAAAGUGCUGGUUGCCAUAAUUAGAUGAAGGUCCUACAAUCCACCUCUUUGCAGUGGCAUACCUGAAUAAUUCUGUUACACAAUAACUGCGACUGCGACGGCAGAUAAGAAGGAUCGAAAUCGAAGUAAAUCAGACCUGAGUCAAAGUACAUCCCUGUACAUGAUGUGUCGAAAGGACACGGGGUAGCAGACUGAGCAGUCUGGGCUUUGUCAUUAUGCAUUGUCGGAAGAUUGACGGGCUAGAUCGCAGUUGGUAGCCAGGGCCCGUAUUACAGGUGGCUGGGGGGUUUGUUUACUGGGGCCAUUUUGUGGGGUUCCAUAAUCACAUCUGACCCAUUUGACUUCCGUUUUACAUUUGAGGUUAGGAUUAGGGUACCGGUUAAUGGUUUCCGAUUUUCGGAUUAGGGUUUUGCCUUUAGGCUUAGGUUUUGGGGUUGCGGUUAGGUUUUGAGCCUAUGAAAAUGUUUCAGUAUUACGGUUAAAUUACUUAGUUACAGCUAUGUCUAAGGGCUGCGGUAACGUUUAGGAUUUCGGUUAGGAUUAGGGUUAGGAUUGCGGUUAAGAUUAACGGUUACCGUUUAAAGUCGACGUCAGGGUUAGGGUUAGGGUUAGUGUUAAGGUCACCGUCCGCUUCCCACUCCUGGCUACCAACUGCGAUCUAGCCGAUUGACGGGCUCGAAUUGUCGACUGGUGCACGGGAUAGGGAAGAGAGAGAGGACUCCAGCCUUUCAACGCAUUUUUAAGUAUACUAAAUCUAACGCGCUUUCAAACUGCCACGGUGGGCUUAGGGGUUGUGGCUUUGAAGGUUGUCAGCUGACUGGGUAACCCGUACCCCGUGGUCCGUAUUGUGCCUGGUUGUGGUCUAGUUCGGGGACCAUGAGUCCUCUGCGGCACUCUCACGCAUGUGGACCCCCAGCUCCCCCUUCAGCGAAACACGACGUAUUGUGCGGACGGACCAGAUGGCGUGUGGCACGCGUAGAACUGCUGUUUGGCUUUGCCAAUUACUGCGUUCCAGCCCGCCUCCACUCGUCGUGACAUCGUCUUGCCAUAGAAGCUGGGUAGGUGAGGAAAAAUGAUACUGUGGUAGAUGCUGCACCCGCCCACAGGGCACACGGUUUGACAAUGAACAUGUUUGUUCGCGACGGUCGAACUCUCAUGCUCACUACCAAAGAAUGUAUGUGCUGAAAAAUGUUUCGCCCUUCUUUGUGUCUCUGUAUGACGCAGUCGCCGGUCAGAGUGUUCCGCUAAUUUUUCAAAAUAUUUAGUUAAUAUAAUUCAGAACCCAGUUAUAGAGGUGUUUAGUUUAGUUUUGGGAACUUCUACAAGUGUCUUAGUUAGAUACGUACCCCGGAAUGAAACUUUAGACUUCUCACUUGCCCUCCUCCAAGAAAAUGCGUGAACAUGGCGACUUUUCGUUAGUAGAAAUAUUCUCGGCCUCGAUACGAACUGUGAUAUGAAUAUUCGGGUUGAAGUCCAUCAGAUUAAACGCAAUGAUCACGCAUAAUCUAAAAUCAGCCAACAACCAGCUGUACAGAAAUAUGGACUGACUUGACGCACUCCAAGAACGAGAUUAGUUAGGAGUCCAGAAACGUUUUUGCCGAUUUUUGUGCUGCUGCGAGGAGAUCGGCUCAUCGUCUCUAACUUAGCUCCCUCUACGUUCUGCUUGUUAUUUACUUCAAAUUCCACGGCUAGACAUUUUUAAGGUCUGAAAAAGAAAUAUCUGUUUUGAGACAAAUUCCUGAGAGCAGGCCGUUCAUAAUUCGAUCCCAAAUUUCAGAUGAACAUCUGAGCUGAAAUUUGCAGUUUUCUGAGCAAGAAAUGAGUAUAAUAGCGAUUGUAGCAGACGGUCGGUCAUUCGUAGGGAAAUGUUAAUUUACUUUCCAUGCUUUCAAUGCGGGUACUGCCUAAAAAGCAGACGUCCUUUUCGUCAAUUCUGUGACUCUGUAUGCCAUAGCUACGAAAUGAUCCGUCAAUCGGACUGGUUAAGGACAAUUCCACUAUGCUUCAUGGUAGUUUUUCAUAUCUUACUUGUAGGCUGCUUAGUUUCUCCGUGAAGUCAUUUGCAAUCUUGAAGUAAGUUUUUCGAGACGAAGCAUCGUGUCUUCUCCCUAAAGUUAGAUGGGAAUACUUAGUCGGACACUGCAACCUCGGGCGCUAAAUCUAACUCUAACCCUCACGGGAUUUGGGACAGCCAGCCGGUUAUACUGUGGGACCAUAUUUCCACACCCAACCGAAUGUUUCCGCGGAGGUCCACCUGUUCCUGCAAAAUAAAUUCAGACUAGUCACAAUCUGCCGGUAAAAAUUCAUUAUCAUAAAGACAUUACUUUAUUUACAAACCUACUGUGUGGAUUCCAGAAGGAAGGCCAGAGGCUUGUUACGGAAGUUUAGCGCAGCUGUAUAAGGUAGCCACUAGCGGUUUUCAAUCUGGCAUUGUAUCCGCCAGAGAUUCCCGUGUUCUUUUUCGGUAAUCGAUCUAGAAUCCAGCGUAAGGGUUUAUUUUCUUCUAGAGAGUAAAUAAAAUCUGUAGUACCCGCAGUCAUGCAACAAGCUGUCAGAUUUUCGUCCAACACCCUAUUGGCUUUAUUCACGCCCGAAUGGUCUCUGCAGACCAGACGGUGUGAGGCAAAGACAAUUCAAACGAGGAAGCGGUAGAAGGUUCUCUCUGCUGCAUCGUGCCAUAGAAGAGAGGAAACCCGCCUUAAGGGUAAAGCCCAGUCCAAGAAGUCUUCUGAUAAAGGCUUUCCGAGUGACCUUUAUAAAUACAGCAGCGGUCAUUAGGGCUGGUAAUAAUAAGCUGCUCAGAGACCGAACGUGCGAUCUCGCAUGAUGUAGCAAUUUUAGUCCGCCUUUUCUUAGCAGGCAUAUGCAGGUCACGGCAAGUUAUUUCGAGGUAAACACAGUUAAAACGUAACCAUUUCGGUAAGUGGAUAAAGUUGCUCUUUUGAUUAUCCUCAGCUGGACUCCUUAUACCCUCAAGUCUGUCAUACACAAUAGGCUACCUAACCAACGAUAGGUGCAGAGAUUUACAAAUAACUGCUAAUCACCCCCAAACCGACACCAAUGCGUGGACGCAAUAUCUAUUUUUAUAAAUAAGGCUUCUUAGGGGAUCAAAAACACGAAAUAGUUUGUUGCUUAAAAUGCCAAUUUUUUAGAAAAUCGGAAAAUUUCGAAAUCGCCAAAAAUAGUUUUUAUUGUUUAAACCUCAAUUUCAUGUAUACAAAAAGUCUGCGCAUGCAAAACGGUAAGUAAAUAUGACAUCACAAAGAUAAUAACCUCUGAAAAAAUUUUCUAGUGAAGUUUACUUUCAAAUAACCUUUUAAGGAUCAGCGUAAUUUCAGGUAUAACAGUUUUCCAACAGCCUGCAUUCUGAGUGUAGAUUCCAAAACGGUUUCCCGUGGGUUCGUGCUAAUCUUUACGCUUCUGAACUGAUUGAAAUGCGGUUCAAUAAGGCAAGCAGGAUUUUGCUUGAUUUCGCCGCUGGGAAGUCAUACAGACAAAAUUUUUCAUAAUGGCACACAUUGUUAGGUGGGAUAAGGACUAGUAAAUUUAAAUCUAAUUGACAGGUGUAAUCGUAAACAUAACAUUUUGCGUAUAUAAUGAGCAAUCUUUUUCCAUGAAAUUAACUUGCACCAAUCGGUUGGUCUAAAUUAUGUUUAGCUUUAGAUUGGCCUUGGAAUAUCACUGAAUAUAUUGAAAGGCAGACAUCCCUACUGUCUUCAUAUAUCAAUAUAUGUAUGAAAAAUAGAAGUUCUUCUGAAAAGUCAAGUACAACUUGACUUUUCCGAAGAACCUCUUCUAUUUUUCAUUAUAUCAACUCGGAAUGCAUACCACCUCUGAUCUACAUAUAUAUGCUAUUGACGCCACCUCGUGCCGCUCUCGUCCUGCUAAGAAACUUCCACAUCGCUCAACAGUUUGACGCUGUUUAGGGUGCUGGUAUGGAUGUAACCGCUCUCUGGGUGGUCUAUUUUAUCUUUCCGACCCUAUGAAGUAUUUAUCUGGACAGCGAUGACCAGUCAAAUGCUUCUUUAUAAAAUAUCCUUAGCAUUGUAAGUAAGCUCAAGUAAGUUCAUCAGUGGAAAUAGACAUAACGUCGCAGUACCUCAUUUUUGAAUGAGUCCAUCAUCAGAUGUCUUUACGCAAAUGGAUUUUAUUAGAAUACUGCGAUUUUCUGAAAUCCGUUUUACCUUUCUAGCUACCUGCUCGAAAGGGAGUCAUCACUGAGAUCGACUUUGCUGACACCUACUUCAGUGACUCCGCAGAAUUCCUUUUGCAUGCAUGCCCAAAAGAAAGCAUCCAGCGUGGCAAGGGCUGUGACAAUAAAGUAAGCAAAUUUUUACAACCCACUUUCCCAAAAUUUCCUGAAGUGGCCAAAGGUGUUUGUCCUUUGUUCUGACCUUCAUAGUCCGUUGAUGUUUUACAUGGAUUUUGUAUGCAUGAGCAUGUACUGUGCAAUUUCCAACCAAAAGUGAAUUAGAUUUUGGAGCGGCGUGUUAAUCAAUUUGAAGUUUCAUACCCUUACCCAAAAGCAUCCUUGGAGACAAUUCCACAAAUAAAUGUCAUUCUUACUGAUCUCCGCGGGUGCUAAACCGGAAGCACAAGAAUUACUAAUUGAGUCUGGACCUGAUUGUCGGGUCUUGAUGAUUCCUCUUCCUGUUUUAUUUUUUUGUAGAUAAUCAAAAACCGAAAUUAUUAUUCUGUCUGUUGCGUGUUGUAGCACACUUAACGUCAAACGCUUCCUCUAAGAUUAUUCUUUCGGGAUCUUUCUUUUGGCUCUCGGAAAAUUUCUAGGGUUUAAGAACCCUACCGAGCGUUCAGUAUUGUAAGCAUGUAUGGCUAUUGCUUCAGUGCCCACUGGCUGCCCUCACCACUUAGGAGUGCAUGCUGCCCUCACUGGUCACCGCCUAUUCUAAAGAACGCCAGUGCUAAUAGAGCAGGCCGUCUCGCAGAUGUGGAAAAACCGAGUCUGCAGGCGACAGCACCCUUGAAUUGCCGCAGAACAAAAUCUCUGAAACUGCAAACAUUUUGAUCAGGUGGGUUGAUAGAUCCAUGCAUAGGUCCGCUGGGGACUCUGGAAGUUUUCAUUACUGCCUCAACGAGAAGGCACUAGAAGAACGACGUUGGUGUACUAUUUGGGAAGUACUUGAGACCUGAAUCCAAUGAUGCUGUCGAGUCAUCAAAGGCGGUUUUACGCGACUCACCUACGGUCCUCCUGAUAGCAAAUCUCCCAAUGAAAAAAUCGAAACUCAUACCCAAUCAAGUUACCCAACUUCUCCUAAAGUCUGGUGGGCCUAGGAAGAAGAAACAUUUAGUAUGGAGAAAUAGCGUUAGGGACAACCCUUUUUGCACUCUUCAUCUGGAUGGCUUGUCUACCAGAUCUGCAUAAACUGACUUUAAUAGUGUCCAGAUUUUAGUAUGCAGAACCACACAUAAUUGUUACUUGAAUUCCUGUCACCCACUCUGUCGCUUGUUCUUACCUACCCCUAGCUGGCUACAUACUCCUUUCCUAGCGGGAACACGUCAGUUAUUGGCGAUUUGCAGCCCUUCUUACCAACUGGCUGGCGCAUUCGUGUGACGCUUUUCGAGGUUGGUGUUCUAUUGUGUGCUAUGACUGUUGCUAUUUUCUCCUUCCCUCCUGUUUUCUCCCUCCUCUUCUUCCGUUUACUAAUUCCCCGUUCCAUUCCUCCUUCUGGCCUUCUCCCUCCAUUUUCUCACUUUCUUCCCUUUGCUUUUCGGCAGGCGUCGACUACGCUGUCCUGAUCCCAAGUGUAUACCCAAGAUGGGCAUUGAAAGUGAAGUAAGCCGAGGGGAAAGCUGAAAUGGUUAGUGGGGAAAGUUGCCGAGACAAAAACGAAAAAGAUCACUUCAUGUGUGAAGAUCUGCCGCGAAAUUGAGGGAAGCCUAGAAUCUCCGGAAAUGAUCCGGCUAACAGGACACACAGAGCAGCAAUAUCGAAGACCUAACGGUAAACCUAGCCGCAACCUCAAAAGUAAACCUUAUCCUUAACGCAAUUAUAAACCCAAUGCUAACCCCAAACUUAACACUAAACCUGACCGUAAAUCUAGCGCAAACCCUAGCCCUAACCCUAAGCCCGACCUUAACCCUGACCCAAAUUCUAGCCCUAACCCAUAUCCCAACCCUACCCUUAGCCAUGGCCCUAACUCUAACAUUAACCAUAACCCUACCCUAACCCUAGCACCUACGCUAAUCCGGACCUUAACUCAAGACGUAAACCUACACCGCAAUCCAAGCCCUAACCCUUAAACCUAACACAAACCCUAACCCUCAACUCAAUUCCCAGCCUAACACUAAUCCAGACCCUAAAGCUAUCUCUACCUCUUAACCGAAACACUAAGUUGCCCUUUUCCCUUUUGGCUUUGGCUUAUUUCCCACUAACGAUUUCGGCAUUCCCCUUCGGCUUACUUUAGUUUCAGUGCGCCCAUUGUGCUUACACUUGGGACCAGGACAGCGUAACAGACCACUAUCUGCUUUUCUGCCACUUCCACAUCUUUGGACUAUUAUCAUUGAUUGAGUGGCCGUUUGUGGUUAAGACUAGAGUCAUGGUUGCAGUCGGCUCUAAAGUUAAGGUUAGAGUAAUGGUCAAGUUUAGGGUCAAGGUUAGAGUCAAGAUUAGGUUUUAGCCUAAGGCCACGAUCAGGGUUGUGAUCAAGUUUAGGGUUGGUGUUAGGGUUAAGAUAUUGCGCAAACCAUCGGUUGCACCUGUCCCUGUGUUUUACCUUUCCUUUUUUCAGAAGUUACGUCUCGCAACUCUUCCUGUCGUUGUUUCGAACCUCUUUCGAUUUGUAACAGAUACUUUUAAUCCAUUUUCUUCGGUCUACUGUCUCGCACUCCUCCCCUCUCUGCCUCUUUUUCCUCCCAUCCUUCCCACGCUCACAACUGUCGUCAUCGUAAUAACUCCCCCCACUAUUUCAGGUAUCUUUUAUUUACUCCCAACCUUAUAGGAACCACCGUUUGUCAUCUACGAAAACGGCACUUACGUGGGACUUUUGAUGGAACUGCUGGAGAUCCUGGCAGAACGUCUCAAUUUCUCCUAUGUGCUGCUGCCUCUGUCCAAACCGGAAUACGGGACAGAGCUACCCAAUGGCACUUGGACGGGCGUAAUUGGCGAACUCGUGGAACGAGUAUGUCAUUAUCGGUAGUCACCAAAACACUGUACUGGUGUUCAUGUUGAUCCUACGUUUUAGGACUUAAAUAUUGCCCGCUCACUUAUCUCUACCUCCGUGCUGGCACAUCUCUUUUGGUUAUCUAUGUGGUCAGUGCAGAUUACAGUCACCCCGGGGCUGUCAGAUUUUUUUGAGAAAUAAAUGUGCACAUGUUCGAUUUGAAUAGGACGGUAUUGACUAGAAUACGUUGAAUUAGAACUUGAGCAGCACAAUCACCAUGGACUUGAGCCGCAUCGCCUGCAAGGCUUCCCGCUGCCCUUCUCAGUUAUUUUUAUUGAGAUGAAAUACUUUUGGCGACACAGCAGUAGGAAUGUGUGUAGUCUGUGAACUAAACUUAUCAAGUCAAAUCCCAGGUCGGAAGGGCAAGACAGAAGGCACCAGAAUGAGGGGUUUAUUGUGCACAGAACACGGAUUUGUCCUCUCAGGCGGCAGUGACCGCUGGCGAAGCCAGGGCUGGUGUUGACUGCGUCCAGUUAUGCCUGAGAGUCACUGGGACUGCGACGGCAGCCGCUUUUGUAGUCUCGUCGGCCAAGCUCAAGUGGUGUCCGUUCGGUGUGUGUUGCAUUUGCCGAGGGAUGGUGUCCCAGUGGCUUAGGUUCUGGUUGCAGGGAGGCGGUGCGUUCAAGUGGCCGCAUAGGCAGCUGCGGCUGUGCGGACGCAGGUAGGCCCGAGCUGUCGGUCGUGUGACUUCAGGUCAACGCGUCUGGAACGACUCACUGCAAAAGGCUGGAUGACCUUGAGGCAGCGAGGUCUUGAACAAUAACACCAGACCGUUCAUGAUGGCUGCCCGCUACAUACUUUCUAAUAUCGUAUGACUGCAACUUCUGGAGUUUAACCUCCGACAUCCCCACCAGUUUUUACUCCAUGCCCACUCAAACGCGACGUCGAAAACUGUAGUUUAUUCGAAAAGUAACGUGACUGAGAAGUCACAUGAGAUCACUGGAGCCGCCUUACUUGAAAUUUCAAACACCAUAUGUGUGCACUGCCGAGGACUGUAAACCAACGUAGGGCACGCUCUGGGCAGCGAGGCGCACCCAGAUUUUCACUUAUUUCUAAAAUGUUCUUCAUGAAAAGCAUGAGUGACUUGUCAAUUCCUUCGAAAUAAACAAGAAGCAUGUCUAUUGGUAGGCGAAGAAGGUUGGUUGGUUUUAGGAAGGAUUUCGUUCACCAACCACCGUUUGGCGACCAAGAAUUUUCGGCACCUUCCAGUUGCUCGCUCCUCUUUUCAUCCUUUCCCUGGCCUUCUUCCUGCCCAUUCUUACUCCCUUCCUUUUGCUCUCCUGCUUCUUCUUACACCUUAGGCUCUUAUUCCUCAUUGGUUGGGCACAGGGAUAAGUGCACCUCGUAUUACUGCUGACCUUGCGCUAGAUUCCAGGGGUUUGGGGUCGAGGCCAGGGUUAAACUUAGGUUUAGGUUCAGGGUUGCAGCAAGGUCAAGGUUAGGGUCCGAAGUGAGGUUAAGUCUAGGGUAAAGAUAGGGUUAGAGUUAAGCUCGGGUUUAGGUCCAAGCUUGGGAGCAGGGUUGCGGUUAAGUUUGUGGCCAGGGUUGGGGUAAGUGUUAGGGAUGGGGUACGAGACAGCAUACACCCGGCGAUUUAGUACUAACCAUCUAUCAUACGGUGGAGUUGUACCUAUCACUGUUUUUUACCCUUCAUUGAUGUCCUUCCAGUCUUCAGCAACGGCAUAAAGAAGGACCGCACUCAACUAUUGAUGGGGCAGCACGCUAGGCAUUAAGCUGAAAAAAUGGAAGAAAACACAGAAACUGCCUGGAGUUAUGCCGAAAGUCCUAUCCUACGCUAUUGUACGACAACGACAAUGAGAGUAGUAAUACGACAAGAAACGGAACGGAAAUUUCACAAAAUAACGGAUUUCGAGUUAAGGCGUGAGAUCGCGGGAAGCACUCGUUGUUGGCAGUGUAAUUUCUGAAACAGCCUGCAAAUAUAUGCCAAGAUAAAGCCCCAUAUGACACGAUCCACGGUAUACUGACACCUAAGUGGGGUCCUUCUCCAUACCGUUGACCAGUCUUCUUACUGUUUUUCCAGGCCCCUUUCCUAUUUUAGCAGUAUUCUUCGAGUGAAGGAUACCUUCAAUCCCCUUCCUUCGGCCUACUUCCUCACAAUCCCCGCUCACCCUAUGCUUCUUUUGUCCCUCGUUCUCCCUGCACUCACCAUUGUCGUAAUUACCAUCCCUGCCACUGUCAUUUCAGAUGAUUUACUAUUCCAGUAUUCUUUAGGCAGGAAUACAGUGUCGCAACACUUAGAAUUGUCUAUUCCCCCACCAGCCUGUCUUACGGGUGGACUACUACUACUACUUCUACUACUACUACCACUAAUACUACUACUACUACCACCACCACUACUACUGCUACUACUACCACUACUACCGCUGUUACUACUAAUACUACUACCACUGGCGGGAAUACAGUGUCGCAACACUGAAGAAAACUUUUUCCCCCGUCUACCACCACUGAUACGGCGAAUACUACUAAUAAUCCUACUAUUCGUAUUACUACUACUACCACCGCCAACACGGCUGCCAAUGCUACUCUACAAACGCUUACAGUACGGGUAACUAACUGCAAUAAUACUAGCAUCAGUAACGGAGUGUUGCGACACUGGUAUUCAACCAUUCUUUAUUCUCCCUGACCCUACGGACGGUUUUUCACCUAUGAAACCGGCACUUACACGUGACUUUUGAAGAAACCUGUACAGUGCGUGACCGAUCCCAUGAAAUGUUGGCCGAAAUUCUGAAGUGCGAUUUUUAUUAGGAUGGAUUAUCUAGGUGGGGUUGUAAUACUGAUUAGCAUGCGACAUAAUCCUCUAGUAUUUCGGAUUUGCCAGGAUGUCGGCUAUUAAAUGCACUCCUUUUCGACCUCCUGCAGAUACCACAGCCAGUAAAAAUGACUACUUAAGUGGCACGCAUUUUUCACAUUGAUUAUCGAUGGUCUUACAACUUCAAAUAUUUUUUAUGCGAAACAUGCACAAAGAUGUGCUGUCUUCUACAGGUGUGAUGGAAAAUCACAUUUUCUCCACAGUUAAUACCCCAAGAAAGGUUAUCUUUCGGUUUCAAAAAUGUGUCUUAUUAUGCGAUUUAAAGACCGUUCGAUGUCCGUAUAUACAGCAUCACACAUUUCUGUUUACCAAUGCUACUCAUGAAAUGUCCACCAUAAUCCGCAUCCAUUGCAAAGUUUUAUGAACUCUAUAUGGUAACUUCUUGAAGGCAUAGAGAAAUAUUUGAUUUUUGUUAAAUGGAAAGUAUGCACUUUGCAGAUUGAAAUCUCUAAGCGCUAACGCAACGGCUGAUCUGACUCAAAAUUAUUCGGUAAUUUGAAAUUUUUUCAAAACCUAAAUAUACACUUGCUUAGGGUAUAAAAUGUAAAGAAAAUGUGAUUUUCUACCAAACCUGUGAAAAAAGCAUAUUUGUGCGCAGGUUUUCUAUAAAAUAUAUUUGCAUUUAUAAAAACAUCGAAAAUCAAUGUGAAGAAUGCGUGCUACUUAAGUUGUCAUUUUUUACUAACUGUGGUUUCAGCAGGAUGUCGAAAGGAAGAACAUUCAAUAGCCGACAUCCUGGCAAGUCCGAAAUACUAUAGGAUUAUGAUGCAUUCUCAUCAAUAUUACAAUCCUAUAUGGGUAAUUCAUCCUAAUCGAAGACACAUUGCAGAAUUUUGGCCAACAUUUCAUGGGAUUAGUCACGCACUAACUUCUCUGUCUAAAUUAGCAGUCCAUCAUCCAAGCAGAGAAAUGAACAAGAACUGAAAAUGCUGCAUCAUGAAAUCAACUCUGACACGGUGGAUUCUGUGCCAAGCGACUUCAUCGCUGCCAUCGCGUUCGUGAUAGACGGAAGCAAUGGGAUUGACGGGGCUAAACAUACUGUGAGCCGAAAUUCGCCUCCUUUUUUAUAAACAAUGGGCUUGCCGAUCAGAUGUUGCCCAUGGAGUUUGAAGUAGUGAGAUAUUUGGUAAGAUGUGGUUAUGUAGCCGCACCUGAUGGACACAAUACUGUUAGGUAAUAGAGUUAGGGAUUGGUGUUAGGUAUUAGGAUUAGAGGUUAGGGUUGGGGACCAGGGUUAGGGGUUAGGGUUAGGAGUUAGGGGUUGGGGCAACCAUUUCUCAGCCACUAAAAGUACAACCGCGCAUUCCCAGUAGCUUUUUCUUUUUCAUGCAAUUACUUGGUCUCGUCGCUUGUGCGUUCCCCGGCACCGUCUGUAAAUACCCCUAUUACCACCGGUCUGUAUUACAGGCGGCUGGGAUUUGUUUAGCUCAGGUGCGGGUACAUAGCCAUAUCUGCCCAGAUAUUUAAAAUUGGAUAAGGAGAUAAUGGCGCUACCUGUUGACAAAGGGUGAGCGACCGUCAUCAUGGGCCGCGUCGACUACGACUGGAGGGAGCAAACCCUCUUCGUCGACAAGUAGUUCUACAAAAGUACUCCCCGUCACGGGCCAAAUCGAUGGUCAGCUAGAUGGCUGGAUUUCUAAGUCAGCUCAGACGCAAAAGAUGUGAGUGCCCUAGACGAAUGACGACAAACCAAACCAAGCAACACAGCGUUGGCCAGUUUCAAAGGACUAUCCAAAUUCAUAAGCCUACAGUUCCCCUUUAGUCAGUCGUUGCUACGAGAAGUAGUCGCACUUGCAAUCUAGUCGGACCGAGGACCCCAAAAUUGAACAUUCUUCGAGUCGACUCCAUAAUUUCUAUGAAUCCACCCUUCAGCUUAUUCGCCGACAUCCGGGCAAAGUGUUCAACUUGGCCAAAUUAUGAUAUCGUCCGACGUGAUUCCGCUGCUCACAUCCGUCCUGCCGGAAUUGGCGCUCUCUGUCCUACACAGACGGUUUAAAUAGGAGUAUGACGAAAUGAAAGAGCCUCUAAAACCGAGCAUUCAAUGAAACUGCCUUCUAUCUGCCAAAAAACUUUUUCACCUUAAAUGGUAGAUCACACAUGUAAUGCCGAUGGGUUCCCUGAUUUCCAACUUAGUCGCAUAAUUGGUUCUGAAAGAGGUUAGAAAGGUCGCUUUCAACCACCAUAUACCUGAUUUUUUCGGCGUCGACAAGUGGAAGGCGUGUUCAUUAAAACUGAACGAGAUAGAUUAUCAGGAUUUCGGGACCUACUUAAGAGCGUCUUUCCCAUUAUCCAGUUCAUAAGACGGGAAUAAAUCUAAUGGUCGGACUUCCUGUGGGGCACUGAAAUAAGAACUCUCUUGUGUGACAGCUGGCUUUGUACUAAAUUCCAGGAGAAUUAGGAGGGUUAGGGCUGAGACCAGAAUUAGGAUUAGGGUUAGGGGGGUCGGUGUUAGAGUCAUGGUUAAACUUAUAAUUAAAGUUAGGACCCAGGACAGGUACCCCUCCAAGAAUUUAGCACAAGGUCACCUGUAGUACGGGGAUUAGAGUGCCCUUGUCUAACCGCCUUCCGGAGCGUUCUCGUCAUGCGCGGACCUAAUGAUGAACUUACAUUACUAUAUAUCGAAACGCGACUGGCAUAACCUGCGUCCUCAGUAAUCAUGUCGACCACCCUACGGUGCACAAACGUGGCUGUGCUUGGACACUCUCCAAAAGGUGUAAAAACGGACUGCAGCGACCCAGACUGACGAAUACAGAAACUCCGGCAUCUACUUUGGCAACAGCUGCUCAAACAACUUCAUCAGAUGCUGACUCCGUGCGCGGCCUCGAUGGGCAGAGAGGAGAGAGCCAGCAAUACUUUAGGACCUUCUACCAUUUAUAAAGGAUGUAUUGGAAGCAACAGAACGCACUACCACACAGCCCGGCGUGGACAUCAUCCGUCAUCCGGUAGAUGCCGUGCCUGACAGAGCUAUACAGAUGAAGAACCAACUGGAUGCGACUGAGCCAUCGGGUGUAGUUUAACAAAUCUCAUGUCACAACUGGCUGUCCCAUUAUACAGGAUAGACGUCACGAUAGCACGGUCAAUGAAUACGCGAGCACAUGCAGGCUGCUCGGAGGCGUCACCGACUGGCCGAAGAUGCUAGCCACACCCUGGAGGAGAGCCACGUAUUCGGCUUCACAGAAACACGGACAGCGGUUCGGACUGACAAUAAGACGGGGUGAGGGCUGUUGGUGGCCUGGUACUCUGACAGCAACUCCAGCAGAUGCGCAAACGUGACCAGACGCCGUAUCCCAGAAUUCAGCUAAGCACGUACACGGCCCACGCUCCGUAAGACCACGGGGUCCCAGUCACGAACGCACGGCCUCCCCGUCCUCACCCAUAUGCUGCUGCGCUUUCGUAGUCCCUGAAUAUGGACUCCUGUACGAGUCCGAGAGCUGUGGCAAACAUAAUAGUUGUUCCGGUAAUUGCACGUUCUUCGUUAGAAUGAGAACCUGUUUAGACUCACAUAUUCGCCUCUAAUUGUAGUAAACACAUUAUUGCAGACAUGGACGUAGAUCAGGUCAUUUGAAUCACCCGACGAAGAACAUCAGCACAUUACCGAAAAAGUACAAUUCCCGUAUCCCGACUGAGCGGGGGCGUGUGAAUGGGCCGUUGUAAAAAUGAGACUGUAAGGUGAAGGAGUAAGGACCAAUCAUUGGGAUAUAUUUAUUUUCGACUGUAGGUAUUUUUCCCAUGGUAGGUAAAUCUCGGUCCUCUUAUAUAUCCGCUGAUAUACGACAUGCGCCUAAACCUUCCGACGACUAACAUAAUUGCAUAGAUGUCCAACCAUGAUUGGCGUUGGUUUUCUAAACCAGUUCCCUGUAAUAUCGAUGACGUCAACGCUUGAUGGUUCAUUUUCGAAGGAAGUGAACUUUUAUUUUACAGCCGUAGGCAUGGUUUUCAUUUUUGCUCACAUACUGAGGGUAUAAUCUCAUCUGUCUGUUAGCUGGUUAGUGGGAGGCAUUGCACAGUCCCCACAUUGGCCUGCGCCGUAGAUGCGCUGGAAGAGAACUCAGGCCAGAGAGUGUGUUACGACACGCCAGGCGUAGACCACCAUGCCGCACCAGCUUCCUGCCAGGCUCGGAGAGUCUACGGAGGGCUGGCUCUGAAGAAUCUAUCCCCACGGUACUUCAGCCAACCCUCCAACACAAUAAAUCUGUCGCGUCUGAAUGUAUUAGGACGAACUGGAAGUCGUGGCUUGGAAGAUUACUAGCAGACGGGAUAACUAGAUUCUUCUCAGAACUGAAAGCCAGGCUUCCUGGUUUCUCUUUAGUGCGAUCUCUCUGAUGCUCUCACGCAUGUGAAAUCAUGGUACGUGCUGUGGGGCCGAGGUCACGUGUAACACGCAGAGACGGUUUGUUCUGUUUUGUCACUUGUUGCCCCGUGCCCACCUUCGGUCGCCUUAAAAUUGUCCUGCAACCGGAUGGGGGAGAGGGGAGCCUGUGGGGGAUACUGCUCAAGUCUGCCCCACUGUAAACUUAUUUAUGCCCAAGUCACCGGUGCUGCGCCCACCCCGUUAAUCACAUGGACGUCGUCGUGUCCGAAAGUCGAGCUGUCGGGAGCAUUAUGCCAGAUUCCAUCUCCAGUCGUUUUUACUCGGGUGGAUGAAGAAAGAGGGAGCGAGACAUGUUUUUACCUUGUCACAGUAGGCCAAAAGUGCUGACAUCAGAGGUUGCAAACUAGUGAUUCAUUCAGAUCCAGUAUCAGACAGCAAACCAACUUUCCUAAUGUACUUUUGUCGACGUAACAUCUUAGCGACUGGAGUCUGCUCAUUGUGGGCUGUGGGAACUAUGAGCUAUUGGUCGCAAACGACGAUAACUACCGCUAACUUGAAGGGGAUGCGGAGGUGAUUUGCACAAAAAUUUGUUUAUGGCAAAACGCACUUGCGCAAAACCCACUCCAUUUAACUCUACCCAUACCCAGUGUGCCCCACCGAAGCCUAUAUGCAAGUCACUGAGGACAGGGAAUUAGGCAUUCGUGGGAUACUGACUGUUCAGCCCCAUUCCAUGUUGCCUGUCUAAUUUUCUCCCAUCUUCUCCUUCAUUGCCCUCUCCCCGCCUCCCUCUCUUGCUCCUCAUUUUAGAGAGCCGACAUAGCCCUCGUCCCCAUGUCCAUCACAAGUGAUAGAGCCAGGGUCGUCGACUUUACCUUCCCCUACUUCGAUGUCGUCGGCCUCAUAAUGGUGCAACGAGAUCAUGCUAGUGAGACUGGCAACAUGUUCUUCUUCAUGACUGUCUUCUCGAAGUGAGUCCUCUUUAGUCAUGUCCUCGCCGACUGACUUUGUGCUUUUUCCCUAUCUGUGAACAAAACAAAGAGUAAAGUUUAACCAGCGCUUACGUUCAAAUGGGAUAGACUUGUCUCUCGCAGAGACAGGACGAAUUGACAAAGACCUAUCCGGUCUGCUAGACAUGCACUCACUUCCCAUGACUCUAUAAGACUUGACAGCUUUCCAUCACGACAAAGCAUCCAUAUUCAAACGUCAUUAAUGAGUCUCGAGAAGCAAGGAUGGCCGUAUUUAGACAUAGCCUGUUGCAAAUGUGUAGGAUGAAGACGAGUUAAAACUUAUGGAAUACAUCGACUGCUAUCUAAACUCCAGCCAUUCCUCCGCGUUGGAAUGCUCUACCCAACAACUCGUCGCAUUAACAUUAGUUGCUAUCAAAAUCUGAUGUCAACGCCCGGACAGAGAGAUAAUAGUGCAUUUCGCUGCAGCCAUUUCCUGAAUACUAAACGGCAUUGACUUCGUAAUGCGUCAAAAAGACUGUGUUCUGACAAGUAAAUGAUCAAUAUUUAUUGCCGACAAAAUAACUGAAGACUGGAACACACAUUUUGGUUCGUCUAGGGUCGUCAAUCAAUCCCAUGGAGCGGAGACCUGAGAUUUUCACUCGGGUCCGGUUUAUCAUCGAGCUUAAGGCGCCACCUGAUAGUUUGACCGUUUUAACACCGAUGUUCAUUGUGUGCCUCAGUGCAGUGACGGUGACUUACGCGGGAAUUAGUUUAUAUUGGUCGUAAGCUCUCUUCUAUACGCAUCUGAGCCCGAUGUCAAGGCAGAGUUAAAGACCGGGGACGGGAUCAGGCACGGUGUCUCACAGAGCCAGACAGCUGACUACUCAUGCCAAACAAGCCUGGUCCGCGCGUGAUGUGCCAGGUUUUCACGCACACAACAAAGGGGCACUGCUCGGACCCCAACUGAGCGGGAGUGCCGUAGGGGCCAUAAUAGGAAGUAGCCAUUGCCUUCUGACUCUCUGCCCUGAUAGGAGGACCGAGUUCCCUUUUCAGGUGACAGACUUCCAAGUCAGGGCCUUUGAGCAAGAGGCAGUUUAAAAGCACCUCAGUCUGUUUGUAUUGUUGGAUAUGGGCUGGGUUCCGUGGGGGCGCAGUUCCCAGAUUAAAUCCCAUUCCCUCUCCCAUCUCCCUCCCCCCUCAGUACACUGUUUGAACCGGUCUUUCAUCGGAUUCGGAGGCUAAGCGUAAGUGACUGACUGAGCCGUACAGCCCUUAUGCACAUGCUCCAAGCGGCCUGUCCCCUACACGACCCUCCAGGUUUUCACCCGUUUUGGUACUCAGAUCGGGUUUCAAAGUGUACGAGGGUACCAUUGGGGCCACAUGAGGAAGGAGCCAUUGAUCCUGACUCACAGCCCACCAGGCGGCCACUCCGCACAAAUGCACAAAGGGUUGAUUGCGAGAUCUGAGUUGCACUGUCAGCUAGCAAUCUUCAAAGCUAGGGCUUUAACGUGUCAAAUAGAUGCAAGCGCGUCACACUUAUUAUGGUGAGGAAUGCGCUGAAGUGUCGUGAAUAUGAGGUCCCUGGAGCCGUCCUCGCUCUUCUCUUCCCCUUCCAGACACCAGUCGAUUGUCCAAAUCAAUCAAUCGACUGAUACGAAGAUUGGACGCAGUGGCUGAGAGGACUAAAACGGUGCGUCUGCGCGAGCUACACACCACCUGGCUCCCCAACACAACACACCAGGUUUUCAUAAAUUGGGGGGGUCACACAUGCGUUAAAGGAACAUAGUGGACACAUGAAGAAGGAGACGAAGAACACGCUCCGCACCUGCGUGAGAUGUGCGUAUCCGAUGCCUCUGGUAGUUGAUGUGGGACGGGUUACUGUGCGGUGUAUGUGCGAACGGGGAGCUUCAUAGGUGCGGGAUCAGUCUGCGUUGCUUUACCGCAGAUUUUCAUGGAGGCGCAUGUGGCCAAAUAGGUCCAUGCGAUAACCGAAUAUGCGUGGUCAAUGAGGGCAGUUGGCGCGAGGGCAUCGGACGUGGGGUGGUACCCCUGGCACCGGUUCGCCGAUCUCGGUGUUACGAACACGCAAGUAGCCGACCAGGCCGAUGCUUGACAAUGUGGGCAGGAAAGUUCAGGAGCUGCUGAUUCGGUCGCAAUGUUUAUGCUCGUAGUGCCGGCCGCACUAAUGGACGGGGAGUUGGUAGAGAUGUACGCCGUUCAACCCUCGUUGGGUGAAAUUCUGGAACUUGUGUUUGGGGGUCAGGUCGUGCAUGUGGCGCACGCAGACAGGGUCACUAGAUACGGCAGCCACCGCGUCCAUUCCCCGCACCUGUCAACUGACCGGCUCGGAUAGUGACCGGGGCCUGGAAAUGCGAAGGGUAAGUGAGGUCGACGGCUAAGCGCAUCUCCUCACUACAAACAAUCUGACGCGCCUGAAGCUAUUAUGGUGCGCUAAAAGCCGUGACUUGGAAGGUUGUCAACUGAUGGGAUAACUCGGACCUCUCAGUCGGCCCAGUAAUGUGUGUUUGUGUGGAGCGGCCGGCUGAUGAUCUAAGAUUCAGACUGCAAUGGAUCCUUCUACAUGUGGCCUCUAUGGCACUCCCACUCCGGGAGAUCCGGGCCGGGCGUAGCGACACGCCUAGGGACGGCUUCGGCCGCGCCAACCACCUGCGUUCUCUCCCACCUCGGGUCUUCUCGACCAUGUCUUGACACAGGACCCGGGUGGAGGGGGGAGGAGAAGAGGGUGCAGUAGAUGUUGCGCGAGUCCACUACCAUUAUAAAAGAGAUCGUGCGCAAGUCACCGUACCUGCACUCACCCUGAUGUGGAGCGCACGGUGGACAUCGUCGAGCACGACGGUCGAACUGCCAUAAAGUGCGAAGGUUUAUGUGUACGAUGUUAUUGCUACGGUACUCCAGCCGUACGGAUGUUCUGUCUGCGUCCUGCAAAAUGCUGGUGUGAAUUCAUGUGAGUUUAUUGACUAUCGCCACUUCCGAGAGAACUAUCCUUCCCUUAAUGGAUUACUGCACGUGCUUAAUGCCAGGUCAACUGCCCUGUUGGAAAAUCGACGGAACGCCGCUGGGUCGCACGCCAAUCUAGCCACAAAGUGAGUCCACCUAGAGCGCACUAUCUUUUGUAUGGCAUGUGCCCAUCGGUUGCCGCCCUCAACGUCAAGUGAGGAAAUUAACAGCAGUGACCAGCAGUGCUAAGUAUAAUAUCCCAAACCGUGUGCCUGUCAGCAUGGAAUGCAGAGUUGGUCGCUGUCAUAGAAGAUGUCGUCCUUGCUGUGUUGUCGGAUACUCCUGGCCACCAUGACAGUAACAACCAGAUAGAUUGAGUGAUAAUACAUAAUUCUAAAAUACAGUGGAUUAGGGAGGACUGUGUCGUCCAAUUCUUGCCAAACGGACAGAGUGUGUUGCCUGCUAAUGCCUUCUGACAUUGAGUCCAUGACGGUAAGAUACUACUCACAGUAUUUAGAGUGGAAUUGCAGGAGUGUUGAAAGCUACCUUCACGAAUGUCGCCUCCAUUUAUUAAUGCAUUUUUUACAAUCCUGCUGUCAUUUGGCUCCUUAACCUGUCUCCUAACAUUCAUCGAGACAACAUGCAGCACUCUAAAGUAUUUAUAGCCUGCCUGACCCGCUUAGGUAAGAAAAAUCUUUCCCUACGCAGAUGCACCUUUCCGCCUGUCCGUCAGAUUCAACGGGCUGGCUGCAGGGUGGCCCUCCAAGCUGUCCCUAUUGACAGGCAGAAACAGCCUAUUUUCUCACAUUUUGAGGGUGUUCGAUGCCAGUCAGGGCAGUUCACCUUGCGUUAUCUGACCCUGUUUCCAAGCAACUAAGUAAACCCUCUGUUUGGCCACAUCUGCACAUUCCAACGCUCCUUCUUUUAGAUGGGUGUGGCUGUCAUCGGUAAUGUCAGUCAUCGUCGUCGGCUGCCUGCUCGCCCUUCUAGACCGGCUCUCGCCCUACAGCUUUCAUAACAGCCAGACAGUGAGACCAGGCGGGCCUGCCGGCAUGAUUUUCAAUCUACAGGAGGCUCUUUGGUUUGUAAUAGGAUCGGCAAUGCAACUAGGUUAGUUUCGAUUUUUCCUCUAUUUCCCUCUGUCUUCGGAAGACUAGUUGGUGAAUAUACGUUUGCUUUCGGGCCAAUUCGGUAUCAAGUAGUACAUGUCAGUGAUAAUAUAAAUCGAUUAAAGUUCUUUUUUUCACACGAGUGGGAUAUAGGGAAGGAGGUCAGGAAGGCCCUUACCAGAGAGGAAGUUGAUGGAGGGAGUGGAGAGUUGCGUGAAGUUAACCGGCCUUUUGUCAUGGUUAUUCCCGAGCUUGCACGAGGUUCUUCUGUGCACAGAACAUGGUCUUGUUUAGUUUGAGGGCAGUCACUUCUGCUGUUUCUAACAGUCGUUGAUCCGAAACUUCGACCGUCGCAAACGGCGGGUGCCUCGCAGCAUGGCGAGCGCAAGGACAACGACCUGCGCAUGAUUUAGUUUAUAGUGAUAGUGGACUUGCGCCGAAUCUAUCACACAUCCGUUGCUCCCUUACCCUCCUGGGUCCGAUGUCAAGACAGGGUCAAGAAGGCCGGGGAGUGGGAUCGCACACAGUGAACGACAAGGCUAAAGAGUUCGUCUGAACAUGCCGCACACGUCUGGUCCGCACACGAUGGGCCAGGAUUCCACAGAAAUAACAGAGGGGCGACUGAAAUCUCAGCUGAGUGGGAGUGCCACAGAAGCCGCAUUAGGAAGAUGCUGUUUCUGUCUGACUCUCCGUCCUUAGAGGACCGGUUUAUCUUGGUUGCCUUCCAAGUCGUAACUUUUACCAUACCCUGAUAUAUUAGAAGCGUUACUGCUUUUUGUAGCGAUGACGGCAUGGAGAUUGAGAUGGAGUCCCCAGAGUAGACCGCACUCUAUCUCUUCCCUCCCCCAGGCACCAGUCCACCGUCCGGCCCGGUCAGCCAUCUGAUGCGGUGAUUGGAGCGCACACGAGUGGCGUAACGUUAGUCUGCUGCAGGCAUGCCACCACACCCCUCAUUUAUGGCAUUUGUAUGGGUGAACAUCGCAAGUAACGCGUACCGGAUCUCGAUAUGGCCCCGUACUGAUUUAGUGCAACGCCGACGUUGCCUGUUGUAGGGGGCGCAGACGAUGACACUGUGGUUUAGGAUAGUUCGGGCGGCCUUAUAAACCACGCAGGAGGCUUCGUUGGCGCCCACACGAUCUGCAAAAUUAAAAAUAUUUGCACGGCCUGCGCUGCUUAUUAUCCUGAUUUCGCCCUUUCUCUGCCAUGCCAGGACGUGUUCCCGCAUUUUCUGGGGUAGGCGCCGACUCACUGUGCAAUACAACCUGCACCACAGAAGCAACCAAAGGAAGAAAUGUGCAUGGAAGAGGUCCGAGCUGGCAGCCUAUUCUUACCUGCUCAUGUAAAAUAGGGUUGUUCGAGAGAAAUACUCGAAUUCUUGCUGCUGGGGGGGGAUUCGUGAAACAGCUUGAUCAAGGCGUCUUAUCAGGAGUUUACUGCUCGCAUCCCUUUCAACAUAGUUUUCUUUUCCGCCCUCAGGGGGUGGGCUUUGCUGGUUCCUCAGUGGUAUUCUUUGAAAUUAACACGUCUUAGUCGUGAUCAUUGUUGGAAGCUGACAAGUUGUUCUCAAAGGCAGAAAAAUAUGCGGAAACUAGGUGCAUAACUUCGGUCUUUUGUUCUUUGUCGUAGUUCGAACCAGGGUUUCACGACCUCCCUCCCGCAUUAAGUUAGGGCUGUUCACCGGCAUAAUCUUCUUUUCCUAAUUUUCGUAUAUUCACUUGAGAGCGGUCAACACAUUAGCUAUACUGUCCCCCAGCUCGCGAUAGGCUACCGCUAUUUACUACAACUGAUCGUUAUGCUAGGUUUCCUGACGAUACUUUCAUCGUGUAGCGUCAUCCCAAACUGCCAGAGAACUCAGCGAUACCCAUCUGUCCGUACGGAACAGAACUAUAGUCGGAUAUAAGUAACCACGGUCUAAUUUGACUGAAUCUCCGACUGUUUUACAAUUCAGUCCGGAAAGUCACCUAAGUAACACCUCAGACCUAUUGAGGCCUCUUUGUUUAAGUUGGCACAAUUCAUUAGUUUUGGCUGAUGCUGCAAAGCGAUGUCCAUCUGGAUACACCCGAGAAGGUCUCAGACUUAGGAUUCAGAUGUGCUCAUAGACUGCAUUUGUCUGGGAACUAAAAUAUAUCCAAAUAUUUAUUGUUUGAUACUGGUUGUCUUAAAAAUGACAUUUUGACUUUCGCCAAAUACAGGGAUCCGUAAUUUUGCACAAAGCAUUCAACACUACGUUCGAGAUCGUCGUCAUGCAAGUUUAAACCCACCGAAAAAACUUUCCCCAUCAAACCCUUCUUAAAAAACAAUUUACAGAAUUCAAAUCAUCUUACGCAUGCUAUAUGUACAAACCAAGCCGCAUUAUUAAUACUGACAAAGAUUACAACUAUAUUCUUGUGUCGUGACUGGUUGUGCGUUCCUUGAAGGGCAAAACCUCAAUCCUAGAGCUCCGUCGACUCGGAUCCUCCUGGCUGGCUUCUGGUUAUUUGUGACCAUCAUGCUCGCCAUGUUCUCCGCUAACUUGUCCGCCUUCCUAACUGUCGCCGGCUUUGACGCGAGGGCAAGUAAUCUCUGGCAGCUCAGCCAGGAUGCUGGCGUCAAGGUGCUUUUGCUUCCCUAUGUUGGUGCUGCAACCCCACUAAAAUUUCAUUACGCGUGUCUACGUUUUAAUGUUUAAGUAGACAUACUUUUUACCCUAUUUUUAUUCCAUCCCAGUUCACCGUACAGAAAGACACUCCCGGCGAGGCGUAUUUUGCGCGGCUAGCAGCGAGUGAACAGGCGUUGUUCCGGCAGUGGAAGCAACUUACGCUUCAUGAGGGUAAGUUUAUUUUCACUUAACUGCAUUUACCCAUCGACUGCGAGGGCAUUUUCCCAGGAUAGCCACUAGUAGGCUUGCAGGAACAAAAGUACACGCAAUUUAAGUUAACCCAUUAAUUUCCAACAGAACCGAAAUUUCAGAACGGAAAUUUCAGAACCGCGGUAUCUACCAGAAAGCACAGGGGGGACGCUAUGAGAGGCACUGAUGAGCCGAAUCCCUAGCGGCUGUGUCAUACAGUGGCAGAUUAUCGGCGAAACACGUGCCUGGGCUUUAUCGACUACCUGUGUAGUCAAGUAUGGUGUAUCACGUAACCUAUGUGUAUACUACUGGUUGCUUGUUGGCAGUUGAUGAAUGUUGCGUGGUUAUCCCGCUGUGACUGAUGGACUUCGACCCAAAUACUCAUACCAGCGUUCCGUCGGAGCCUAGGAGGUUUAGCUCAAAUUGAUUUACCCCAAAUUGGUGAUUAAUUUCUGGGAAACUAAAAAGUCACAAUUUUGAAUCUCGAGUGUCUGCCAGAAGGCACACAGGAACUCUGAGGGGGGGUCCACUGAUGAGUCGAACCCCUCGCAGCUGUGUCAUGCAACGACAGAGUAUCGGCGGAACAUGUGCCUGGGCUUUUAGCUAGUGCCUGUGCUGUCGGUAUGGUAAAUCAUGUACUGUGUGUAUAAUGUAAUUUUGUUUGUGGUUCAAAGAAAAGGUAAACGGCACUUCCUGAUGAGGAAUAUUACCUACCCGACUGCGCAGCGAUCAAAUAUAAAAUAGCAGGGGUAGAUCGACAGAGAUACGUAAAAGGAGACGACUGGUUUUAGCUAACCCCUUUGUGCCCUUAUUUGGCUGUGACCGAAACAGAGAAAGGUACUGAUAAGAUCUAAUUGAUGUUUCAACAGUACAGCAAAAUGGAGUUCCGUAAGGUCUUCGCUGUUAGUGUUUUUCGAACGAAUUCACACAUUUAUAGACCGUAACCGACAGGGUAGUGCCGCGAUAGAGCUGGAUAGUCCUGAUGAUACACUCGUUGCACCAAGUGAGUCUUUUUAUUGCUUUCGGCCCCCGAUAGAGAUUGGGUCUGUGACUGCGUAAAGAAGACAUGAGAAGACUCAAGACAGUUGUCGUCUUUGCCCCACCCCAUGUCUCUGUCGGUCUCUGUUUCAGUAAUCUAAGGUCUUCUUGAACCGUCAUAAAUAGACAGCCCUGUAGAGUAAGCCUCUUUUAAAUGAAAAUUCCGUAUAGUUGCAGCGCUUUACUUCAUUUUUUGUGACUAUCAGUCUCCACUUUAGUGCGUGGAGGCGAAAGGAUUCUGAGUAGGAUUCCGAAGGAGUCAAAUGGAAUGUCAAUUCCUGCAUCACCUGAAGUUCGAACAAUCGCCUCCUCUUACAUUCACUUUCAUUUGCGUGAAAAGUUUAACCCUAUGCUCCCUCGGAUAAUAACGAUAAAAGUGCUUUGUUUGCUUUGGACGGAAAGUUUCCUUAUCUUCUGAAAGUCUGGAUCGUCAUAGACCCCAAGCAAAAUCUGAAUACCUAAAUAUCCACCACAAUAUCCUUUUACUUUUGGCGCGAAACCUCGAUGGACGCUAGGAUACCGAGGAAUAAAUCUCACUAAAUGUCACUGUCUGCAAAGAACUGUUUCAGUUACCUACACCUAACUGAGGCCGUCCGGUUGAAGAAGAGAUGUCCUGUGGAGGAGGGGGGAGGGAAAUAGUAUGCUUCCCGUUUGCUCGUGCCGGGGUUAUUGGAAGGUUUGUCGAGGAUUUUUAAAAUCCCAUAAAAUUACAGGACUAGAAGUAGAGGGCAAUGCGAUGCAACAAAAUUCAGGUGUGAGUGGUUCUCUACUAAGUGCUCUAGACAAAAGGAAUAUCUUCGACGGGACCAUAUUUAUUCCUAUCUGGAGAUCGAGUGCGUUCGUAAGUAGGCUGUGUCGAAAUUUGAACAACCAGAUGGCUCUCAGUGGCUGCAUCAAUAAAGAGGAAUCAUCGGGCAACUAGCUAGUAUUGGAUUGACUUUUUUUCAUUUUCGACGUUUCAGUUCUAAUCGGCUAAGAAAUAGUAGUCUUGAGCGCAUUUAAUACAAGGGAAAUCAGGUUAAAUAAAAUAAUGUUUCUUGAACUAUUGGAGUUUGGCAGAAAAAUGGAAAGCUACCUACAUCUUCUUCACUCUGUAUAUCCGGACAAAGGGCGUCUUUCAAUUCUAAAAAUGUUUUUAGAUUCCCAGAUAAUUUUGAAACCGGCCAGCAGUUGCACUUGAAUUUCUGGUCUUCAAACUACAAGCUCUAUUAUUUCCACGUAAGGGCAAUCAUGAAUUCCUCUACACUAUUAGCAAGAUGCCAUAUACUUCUCAUAAAUCUUUGCAGUGAAAGUGAACCAGUGUAUACUUACUGAGCAGCCUUAAUAACCGGACUGGUGUGAUGCUGUUUAGAUAGACAUCAUACAGUCUUUAAAAAAAUCGCAUAAUUACGAAAUUCCGAAACGAUAGCAACCCCUUAUUCAAGCGUCAAUUUUGAAAAAAAGCGUAUUUUGCAACCCAACAAAUAAGGAUAUUUCGAGCAUUAAUUGUAUAAAAUAUGUUCAAGUUUAUAAGAGCAGUGAGUAUCAAGGAAAAAAUUCUUCUAUAUCGAGAAUAAUUUUUUAGGCGGUCGGAAACAGUCGCAUUCAAAAGCCGGUAUUCUCGCUGGACUGAAAUAUUGGUAGGGGUAUGGUUUACGCCCGGGGUCACUUAAUUCGGGGAGCAAUUGUGCUAAAAGUAAAUGACUGGAGAUAUUUAUUUAUAGGCGCCAGAGAAGGGAAUGAACAGACCUCUCGGUGGCUGCUGAGUUAGGUUGCUCAAAAUGCAUUAAGGUAUUCAUCGGAGUAAAAAUGCGACAAUGCAAUACCUUUUUGACAGUGCUCCCAAAUGGGCAGUAAAUUUAUUUAUUAUUCAUAGAUGUUAGAGCGUUGGCUGUACUAAAGCCUUCCCCUUACUGUGUGGGUUCGAAUCCCACCGAAACGCCGAGUUUUUCACAGCUGGGUCAAUAGGAAUUAUUUAUUAUUAUCAUUAAAUGGUAAAAACUGUUCGCUUUUGAUUGGCAACAGUAUGGAGUAUCAGAAUUUGUGAUACCACAAAAUCCUUGGAUGUUCGGCUCUUUUUCUCAACACAUUUGCUCCAUGGAGUAACUGACCCCGGGCGUAAACCAUACCCCUGCCGACAUAUCUUGGGAUUAUGCUUCUUGAUAAUCAUAUUACAACGCCACCCUAGUAAUCCUUUCUGUCCGAAGUCACAUUUUGGAAUCUCAGUUAACAUUUCAUGCGAUAUUCCACCUAUUGUGGCGCGUUUGCUUCUGAUGCCGGCGGAUCAGCCGAUGGGAAUCAGAGGCUCGGUCAUUUAAACGAAUGCCCACCUUUGUCUAGCGAAAGACUGCUGCGCAGUCCAGUCUCGUGUAUACAUUGUUAACAGACGUAGUCAAUAUUAAUUUUCCUCUAUUUUUUAUUGAACAGACAGAACAUCCUCAACCUACUGUGUUUGGCAGUACCCAAUACAGGAAAUUUACUCAGAAAUAUUUCGGUCAAUGCACAAUGUUGGACUCACCAGUUCAACCGAGGAGUCGCUACAAAGACUUCAGGAGGACUGGAUGGUCUUCAUGGAGACUCCACUAGUUCAGUAUUAUACAAAUAAAUACUGCAACCUUGAGACAGUUGGUGAUCAGCUUGGGAGCUGGACGUAUGGCCUUGUGUUGCAAAAGGGUUUCCAGAUGAAAUAUGCUUUGGAUUCUGUGUACGUUGGCGUUAUUUAUUAUAUUUGCGUUCUGAGAAAAACUAGUAUGUAAGGUUGUUGGCAGUAGUCUGUUUCCAGUUGCCUAUGUGGAGUUGGAAGUUUUAUUUCCACCUGUGCUCCAAUGGGAGACGGUAAUUCAAAAGCUCACCUUGAUACUCUGACCUGGUCUUAAAUAGCGUUCUUGCGCCUUCUUGGCACUAAGCCAUUCGUAAUGUUUUCGUAUUCUGAAGGGGACACGCGUUACCGCCACCAAAAAGUGCUGUGAUAGCUUCAGCGUGCAUUUUACUGUUGCAUAAAGAGACAUUUUAAGUAGGAAUACCUCAGGAUAGCAAAAGUAAGAGAUCCGAGUCAACAAUUUAAGGAAAAAGAUAGAUCAGCCCAAGGUCAAGUAAUUAGGCCGUUUAUUUAAACUUCUGGGUCAAUUUUUAUACUAAACACUCUGAUAAUGGAGAGCCAGUCAAGCUCUCCGAAACAUCAGCAAUGCAAUUCCCUUGGUCCGGUGGGCACUUCAAUUUUCUGAGAAGUAUGAAUAAUAAAGCCUCUAGAAGGAAUUUAAAACAGGCUCAAACAUCGGGAUUCCUCGGUGCCAACAAUGUCGAGGCGAUUUAUCAACUGCUUUUUGUCAAUGCAUAAAAUGAGUAACGAGUGACGGCUAUAGAGCAGAUUGAAAUGAUGAAAAAAAUCCAUGUGAAGACGGCAAGGUCAUAGUUCGGAACAAUCUAGUCGAAAAAAUGGAUCAUUUCAAAACCUCGCAGAAAGGUAAAAAAAGUACAUUAGCGUACAUAGAAGUUUGUAAACCAAAGAACCAGAGAUUACCGAAGUUCGCUACAUGGUCGGUUUGUGUGCACGGGGCAGCUUUCAUCUAAUAGUACAGUAGGUUGGCUAACUCAUGAAAUAUCAACCAAAAUUUGUAAUGCGUUUUUGUUUCGAAAGAAUUCAUUAAGUGGAGUUGCAAAAUUAAUUAUCAUGCAGCAUCAUCCAAUAAUAAUUCAGUUACCUCAGGAUGCCGGAUUUCUAACGAACUCCUUUUCGGCUUCAUGCAAAAAACUGUACUCUGUAAAAAAGAAUACAUAAGUAGCAUGCAUUUUUCUCAUCGAGCUUUCAUGACCUUAAAAGGGCAAUUAUAUUUAGUGAAAAACAUGCAGGAAAUAUUCAGUAUUCUGCUCAUUCGGUAGAAAAUUAUGUUUUCUUUCAAAUUUAUGCUUCAAGGAAAGGUAUAAUUCGGUUUUUAAAAAUGUUUCCAAUUUACGAAUAAUUCCGAACCCGACCUGCUGUUACACUUUCGUUCAGGGUUUCCAACAUACAAGCCGUAUAUUUUUCGCGUGCGAAAACUAUACAUUUCUCCACGGUAUUAAGAGGAGACCAUAUGGAGUUCAUGAAAUUUAGCAGUGGAUUUGAUCUUAAUGCAAACUUUACAAGCCACAUUGGUAAAUGCAGAGAUAUGACGAUUUACGAACGGCCAUUUCACAGUAUUUAAAAGUCCCAUAAUUAGAAACUUUUUAAAACCGAAUUCUGUCCCUCCUUCGAGUAUAAAAUUAGAAGACUUAAUUAGCUACCGAAUGAGCAAACGAAUGAAUAUUUUAUGCAUGUUUUCCAUAAAAUAUAAUUGGCCUUUUAGGGUCAUCGAGAAUCAAGGAGAAAAGCGCAUUCUACUUAGGUUUUCUUUUUUGCAGACUAUAGUUUUUGCAUGCAGCCGCACAGAAGUUCGUUCGAAAGCCGGCAUCCUGUGGUUACUGAAUUGUUACAGGAUUAUGCCUCAUGACGAUUAGUUUUACAAUUCUACCUAAUUAAUCUUUUCGAAACGAAAACGCAUUUUAGGAUUUCGGUUGAAAUUUCAUGAGUUAACCCUCCUACCGUAGACUGUAUCAUCCUGCCUUUGAUCCUACCGAGCCAAAUCAACUUAUUGUGUACAGUCAUCCAUGCCCUGAAACGGUAGGAAACAGUUAAUAAGUCUUCUCGAAUUUUUCUGGUAUUAAUUAUUACCUCUGUAGAUCAAAUAUACAUGCCUCAAAUUCCUUUUUAUGCACCCCUCGAACAUUUAUUCGUGUCAGUAAUGUGCGUGUUCCCCAGAAUACGAACACUUUGCGAAAUACUUAGUCCCAAAAUAGCGUAAAGAUCCCACAUUUGGCUAAACGGAAUUGCAAUUUUGCAAUGAAAUUGCUGCCGAGGCCCGCCACGAGAAGGCAUGGGUAACUGUGCUCAAAAGCCCCGGAAUGAGAGGGGGAAAGUGUCAACACACAGUCAAGAUGACUGAAUGAGAGAUCGGAUGCUUUGGGGCUUCGUUAUCAUUUGUAAUGUUCCUUGCCAUCUUAGCCCGGUAAACUCGACUAGACACCAAAGACGCAUUUGAAGAUUACGGUUCUCCCUGUGAGCAAUCACUUGCAUAGGUUUUCAACUGUAUGGGGGAUGGCUUGUGCAGCCCCAAUCGAGCGUUCUUUUUCAAUUAUCACCACCUAUCCCCCUCUCCCACAAGCAAUCUUAAGUUAGGACGACUGGAGAUGCUGGCCAAUCAGCCUGCGGUGGAGCAUUGAGCAGCGUGAUGUCUUCGCCCAAGCGCCCGGUCCAACCAAUAACCGGCCGAAUAUUCGAGACUUUUUCGCGAAGGGGUCUAGCGCAACAAGGGGUUAAUCCACGGCCAGCAGGCCAGAAACCAGGACCUUCUAUAGCCGUUAGCAGUCAAAUAAAUACCGCGAGUUUUAACUAACUGGUCGUUGUGUUACUCAGGCGGGCAGAAUAAAAAUAUCGUUCUCGGGACUCGCUUUCGUUCUCCCCCAUUCACCCAUCGGGGCAUAACACUUACCCUCGCUUAUGCGCGGACUUAACAAAGGCAGCAUCAUUGCGAAAAGGAAAGGCGGCCACUUUCCUCAGGGUCACAGUGCGAAGAAAUGCAUUCUACUUGGCUCCCAGUCCCUAUAAUUAAAUGGUUCCACGUUGUAACAAGCUUUCCAGACAUGAUUUCACUCUGGGUUUUUGAAAUAAAUAUGCAGACAUCCAUUCGAGUGGUACCCUAAGCCAGCAUAGUGACCAAUUACCCAGUCAAGGCAUCGGUGCCAAAGACAGACAGAGAUACGGAUUAAUCUACACAGUUAGCUGAUCUGUCCACCGACAUGCGGCUUCUACUUAAAAGUGGGUUUACGAUCAACACUGCCCUGUUCAAAAUUCUAGAGGCCCCUCUUGUCAGUCACGCACGAACCUUAGUUACCAUGCGGGUUUCUGAAUGCCUUAUAAUUAUUCCCUCUUACUCGAAGAGAGCCACUGCAGCCCGGAUGGGUAUUGGUGACCUGAGUGAAAUGUGUUAUUAGUAGGGUGGACUUAUGUAGUACCGGAUUUCCCCUUCUUUCUUUCUUUCUCUCUCUCUCUCUCUCUCUCUCUCUCUCUCUCUUCUAACUCUUCCAUCAUAUUGACAAUAAUAAUAGGUCGGGCGGAGUUACAUAUAGAUUGGUUCCUCAAAUGACGUAGCUAGCACAUCAGUGAGAGCUGUCAAAGACCUUAUCAUAAAGUCGCUAUUCCGACCUAACACCCAGUUCUGGGCAGGGCAGAGUCAUCCUGUCACCCGGUAAUCUUCCGCUACACAGCUUUUAACGACCCAGAGUGACUGGGAAAGCCGUCCAGAUUUACUAUUAUCAGGAACUACCGUGCACGGAUGGGCCCCACUUACAGUUCACAGUAGCGGAUCAGACAUGUUGUCACCAUCUCUUGCGUGCUACGCGCUUGCCGAUCGCUCAACCGACAUCAACCCAUUCUCAUCCACUGAGCGUUGAAAGCCCCCCGCCACCGUGAAUGAUCAACAGGGGACUGGUCUGACAUGCCUAUCUUCUCAGCGGAACGUGUGCUGGCAGAGCAUAGCUGGGUGCCCAUCUGCUCCCGCGAUCACCAGCGCGGCCAUUCACGCAUGCCAGUCAGUCUUACUCCUCUCAAUUAAUUGUUCGAGCAGCGCGUGACCCUGACUUGCUGUGGCGAAAGGCUGAAACCAAACGACGUCGCAUCCCUCACUGAUUGGCUGUAGGCGGACAAUCUCAGGCACACACAUACAUCCCGCGCGAGGGCUAACAAUCUUAACGAUUGUCACUCGGCUGAAGGGGACGUCUGCUUCAACUGCCUGCUGAAUGGCGUGUAUGCUCUCUAGCUUCAGUAGGGGACGCCCAAAUAACUUUCACAUCUGACCUGUGAUCUGGAAGCAUUCGAGCUGUCGACCAACGCAAUUCGAUAGCUGCAGCAGGAUCGGAGGUUUUAAUCGCAUGACAAUAACAAGCAGCCUAGAUAUAGACGAUCCUUGAGAUUACGUUCGUACGUGCAGGCAGCACUGAUGGUCAAACUGUCGACCGCUAGCGUGCACUACCUUGUUGCCGGGCGUGAACUGGCCAAUCAGUCGACCUGAUUCAACGUUCGCAAUACAUCGCGCGGCGCUGGUGGGCACCUCUUCUGGUGAACAAUCAACAAGUUAGGCGCCUAAGCGUGGACUGUUAGCUCCUCAGACGAUGUCCAUCGAGAUGCCGAGGAUAAUAAUUAAGGAUGCACAUUUAGUAACUACCCUGCGUUCGGAGUCUGAAGCAAUUGUGCCAAGCAUGAAACAUCCAGGAUAUUUUCUUCACGGACUGAAAUAAUUGUUUCUGACUUAUGUAUCCCACACGGUCAGCCAUAUCUCAACCCUAUUCCAGAAAGGGAUCAGAUUUAAACUCAGCCCAGGUAUUCAUUGAGCACAACUAUCUAACAGUGGAACCACAGUCUUGCUUUCUGUUACUUACCAAUUGAAAUACUCAGGUCUUUCGCAGAUCUUACUUGACUGCAGAGGGGACUAAGGGCCAUCUGUUUUGUCCUGAAGAGCUCUUUUAGAGGUCUAACAGACAAGGAGCAAUUUUGCUUAAUUUCCUCCUCCUCCUCCCUCUACCCACUUUUAGUUUUCAAACUGAUCGGUACUGAGGGCAGAUAGUACUGGUCCCUUCAAGUACCGGUCGACAGAUCACAUUAACGGCUUUCGAGUCUGUCCUUAUAAGUCUAAAGGGGAUACGGCAAGGAAAGCUAGGCGGAAGCAGCGAGAAGAGGAUAAGCACCAAUCUUGCUGCUCCCAGUUUGAGAUUUCUUGAGCGACGGAGGGCGGGGAAGGAACAACGGCAACCCAUAAAACGUCCGGUUUGCACACAACCCUGCACAAUACAGUCCGACUGCUUGUGCCUCCCCCCCCCCACUACCAACCCGUUUUCCCUAGACAUGAGGGGCCCGUCGUUGAGGUACUAUUCCUAGUCGUGUACGUAAAUACUUUCAAACGGUAGUCAUUUUCAUUCGCGUCGUUCCUUAGCCACUCCUGCCUCUGGUUAAGCAUUCAAGCGCGACUUCAAAAUGUCGAAAUAAAAGCCCUGUUUCAACCAUCGAUCUGGCUGUUUCUGGGAUUCUGAAAAAGGGGUACUGUAUCUAUGCUCCCCUCUGACUAUUGUCUGUUGUCGGUAUCCACUUUAGCAUCCUGGAUCUGCAAACAGAACAAGUAUUGGAGAUUUUGAAACAAAAAUGGCUAUCCUACGGAGCCGUCCAGUGUCCCCCGCCCACCAAAGAGCCUGGCUUCCGUCCGGACCAGAUUGCGGGUGUCUUCAUUGUCCUCUGCGUGGGCUACGUGCUCAGCCUCCUUGUACUUCUGGUUGAAUUCCUGGCUGCAUGGUUGCUUCGAAAGUACGACAUCCGACUGGUAUGUAGAACGUCGAUGACGGUACAUCGGCAGACCGCCUUGAGAGAAUGAACUUGGAUUCCAAUUUUUAAAUGAUCCAUACUUUAAAAAUCAAAGUUAGCCAACGCAUGUUUUUGGUAACUCAUCAUCGGGCCCAUGCAGUUACAGUUACAGGCGCAAAGGCAGCCAAGAAGGAAGAUUGACUAAUCAUGAUAAGCAGAAAAUUGAUAAAGGAUAUGAUGAAAUCCCCGCGAUGAGACUUUGUUGUGAAACGGAGCAUUUUUUAUGGCAGGUCAUGAAAGAAGCAGACUUAUAAAGUGAGAAAACAGAUAUGUGCUUCGGCGUGAGAACGAAACAGGAAGACUGUUAAACCAGCCGUCUAAUGCUUGGAACCCUCUGAAUCGUCCUAUGACUAAGGACAAUUCUAUUACCGCAGGCUUCGUAGAUGUGAAACUUACACAACUGGAAAGCGGAUUCCACGUUUUCUUUGUGUGUUAGAAUAAAACGUCCUACUUAUUAGGCAAUUCGAGCUAUCUGAGGCAUCUCAAUGUCUGCCCUCUACAUAUAGGAAACUUAUCAUUAAAAUUCCAUCGCAAGACUCAACAGUCUUGAGAACAGGCCCGCCUCAGAUACAAUGCUCAGCGAAUGUCGAUUAUUUUCGACCGUUCCUCGCCCCGAAAAAUCGGGUAGUACACUAAUCAACACGAAUCCAGUUGUCGAGUGGUUAAUUUUUAGCCAGGGGAACGCACAUUCUGAGCGAGUGAGUUUCAUACUCACAUAGUCCGCUGUGAUCGAAAUAGGUUCUUGUCAUGAGGCUUUUCGGUAGGACUGACUUGUGUGGUUCCCUAACCAUGACAUGGGAAUAGGUACUCCCCGACCAAGUAAUAAAGGUCAAUCUGCGCAUAAUGAUGGAAAGAGCAAAAUAUUCCCAUUUCCUAACCCCAACAACAAACCAAAUGUAAAAAUAAGCCGUUGCCUGAUCUUAACCCUAACUGUUCAGUCAACACUAACUCCUACCUUGAUCCCAAACUUGAUUCUAAAUUACCUAACCGUUAACUUUAAAUCUAGUCUUAAACCUAUCCUUAACCUUACCGGCUUUUCAACCAAUCUGUCAGAAACCUGAAUGGUACAUUAGAUCGACUGAAAAUAAAAACCAAAGAGCAUUUGCGGCCUGGAGCAACUGAACCCCUUACGAGCUACCAGACUAUGCUGCAGGAGGUUGAAGACUGCAAGGAAAGUGCAAUGCGUUCUACUCGUGAGGGAUUAAACUCUUUUUGUCCUAAAGUACCCAACUGUGGUUCGUGCAAACAAGUUUAGAUUACCGAUAUAUGCGUGUCAAUAUUAUUACAAAUAAUUUGGAUGUCUCUCUUGCUGAACUUCCCUCUUCUGGAUCUUAUUAUUUAAUUAGAAGGCUAUGCCUCUUAAAAUGCGAAACGAAGCCGACCCUCUUUCUAAAUGGGAAAUCGAAUUCACGCACAUACCGAAUUAUUUCAGUACUGAGCACACAUGGAAAAAUAUUCAGCGACCUGAGGAAGUAUAGCAUUUUCGCCUUGCAUUGUUAGCCCUAAUUUUCGGAGUCGGCUCUCCAGUUUUCCAACACGACACCAGUUUCCAUUCGUUCAUUGAAAGAUGUGUUGUUGGCUUUAAAGCAGGCUGAAUUUGUCAGGUUUAUGUCACAUGUAUUUUGACAUAUACAAGCCCCCAACUACCAGGUUUUUUUAUUUUUUAGCAUCCAAGCGCUUUUCACUCAGAGGAACUAUGCCAAGAAAAAGCUGCGCAUAUUGAGUCAUGCGUGAAGACAGGCAAUGAAAAGGUCGGUUUAAUGUUUUCCCUAACAGUUAAUAUUUUUUUCUUUAUUCUCGAGGCGUAUUUAAUAAAGAAGAAGAGGAAGGCGACAAGACGAUCUCUCGAACCAGUUAUUUAUUCUUCCGACGUCCCGUGUUCUCGCAUGUGCCCACAGUCAGGGAUAAAGGGAAUGCGUAGUUUCGUUAUAUUUAUCGCAUCUCUAACUAGAAUCACCUUCAACUUCAUUACCUCUUUGCUCUCACAGCGACUGACAGAUCGAUACGUCUGUUGAUGCGUUCGACGGCCAAAUGCCACGCGCCUUGCAACCGGCGCAAAAUCUGGUCAUCCGAAUGGCCCGAAAUUCUCGCGCCGUCGAAAGUAGAGUUGUACCUUGGCUAGGACAAAUGUGAACGGCAACCAGGGAAAGUUAGUCUUUGCGCUUCAUUACUAACUCGAGCUCGGGCUUUCUCGUGUGGACCUGCUUCCUGGUUUCAACAACAUAGUUGGAUUGUUCACAAGUGUGUUCGAUAAGGUAACUGAGGCCAACUUUUCGACCAGUCGGUGUUGGGUCUUUUGGAUUAAUCAGCUGCUGGAGGAUUGUUGUUUCCAACCAGUGAGGGAGUCAAAUCUCCAUUCCACUAGCAACUUUAGGGGAUUCUCGGUACACACCAUCAGCACAAGGCAGGAUACGCUAGCGUUCCAUCAACGGGUUUUCUCCAGGAUUUUCGCCCAUAUUUAUCGAUAAAACUGUUGGCUUAUCUGUGAAGAACUUCCGUAAAGACUGAACCUCGACCUUUUUUUCACCAUGCUCACUACGAAGCCUUUCCACAGGGCAGAAGAGUGUUCCUACCCAGCUGCGCUUGUGCGAAAUGGGGUGGUUGCUAUUCAAAUGAGAAAUAUUCGCCGACCCCCUGUCCACCAGUGUCUUGAGUUGGCCAUUGUUUAUUCUGAUGACGAUAAUGCCUAGAAGCGACAACGGACAAUUUCAUUUUUUGAUCUUAACCUGGAUGUCUAGGACGUUGGAUUCCAUACAUUGGAUGAAUUUCUUAAUCCUGUCCCGAUUGACGAUAACAAAUGUGUUAUAAAAAUACAUUAUCCCCUACUCUGGUUAACACUGUUGAAACGUCGGUGCCUCUCGUCGACGGAACAGUGUCUCUGUAAUUAGACUGUGUUUUUCGUACACAGCUACAUUGAAAGUGAAGAAAGACCGAAUCCGGUGUUUUAUAUCAUUAAGAUGUCUAAUUGCGCUUUUUGACCACUUUGUUGUAGUAUUCUUUCAGCGGCGUUUUAUGACUUCGACCCGGAAAUAUUGCCAGAUCGAAUCGAAAUGGAACGUCAGGUUGAAAGACACAAUCAUCUCGUCACUUACAAGCCAAAUAACUUGCGACUUUCGUGUGAAUAGCUCUGUCAAAUGGAUAGGUGGUUUGGGUCACUGGGUUAAGAAAGUACGAUGGUGAGACCACCACUUGGCGAGGCCAAACGUUAGGCAUCCUUUACGACAGACAACCAUUCGUAGAUGCAUUUCUGGUGUGGGGCCUUCUGGAGGCCAUAGGAGAGUGAGAUCGCGGCGAUAUUGGGCUUAAUAUUUCGCCAGUCGGUCUUUGUUAUGACGCUGAAAUUUCCGAAACCUUGUCAUUUUUUGUUGGCAUUGUUUACAAUAGCCUUUGCUGGGAAUCUGGGCAGUUUUGGCGUCCAGAUUCGCUUCGACCCUGCCGAUUCAUCCUCGAUCGUUGGACACCACUGUGAAUCGUCUUUUGUCGGUUGGGUGUAGUGCAAUGUUUUCCUGCUUUUUGAGAACGUUGCCUAUGCUAUAUGGGACAUCAGUGUGAAAAAGAUUGGCCAUCGCAUCAUAUUUUUGCCUUCUUCAGUAUGUGCUGCGGUAUAGCCAUCCCAAGUCAGAUGAGUUCUAUGGAAAACAGCAAAGGUAUGACUGAAUUGUAUGACCCCCAUUAAUAGGACAUGACGACAGGAGCCGCCUGAAAUGCAGGUAGAUUCGAGCCAACUUCCGGUGAGAUUACUGUUAAGCUUAAAGUUAGGGUUAAUUUGAUGAUCAGAUUUAGGAUUAGGUUUAAAGGUAACGGCGAAGAAAGUCAGAUUCAAGUUUAGGGCUAGGGUAGGGGCUGGUGUUUACCGAAAAGUUAAGGUCUAAUGCAGCAUUAGGGUUAAAAUUUGGGCAAUGGUUCAGCUUUAUCUUAAGGUUAUUGUUGGGGUUAAGGCGCGGAAAUAUACUGCCCUCUCCGGAAUUAUGCGCAGGUUCACCUUUAUUAUUUUGGCAGGGCGUACUUGUUUCCAUGUCCUGUUUAGGUGGCCGCAUAAAUCAGCCUUACCGUAAUGAAUUUUUUUGGAAAUUUUCUAUGGCGACUCCGCGGAUCGUCGUCAGGGACGUCUGAACUAUGCAAAACAAGUGACAUUCAAGCGUGUCUGUCAAAUUGACGGUCGACUGUAGUUUUGCGUUUUUGAGCGUUCGCUGUAUGUCACAGUGCCGCUUAGACUGACAGUCCCCUCAUCCAUUUGUUCUUGAGUUUUUCGUACGCGGUAUUCCACUCAGUAUGCCAACUGAUGCAUGAUUAAUCCGGAUGCAUGCUCAAUCUUCCUUGGCAGACAGACUCAAUCCAUGCAAGUUCCGUCUCAGGCAAAAGUGUGGCCAAUAACAAGACCACGAGUUAAGUACCGCUCCUCGCAGUACAGAGAAGGCGGUGGCGGUGCUUGCGUCCCGCUGAAAACAAGGUCUUUCACGUAAGUUUUACACCGGCACGAUGGUGGGGUUUCGCCGUCGAUGUCGAUAACUGCUUGCCCGUGCCCUGUCUUAACGACCCGUCUGCGGCUGAUGUUGAUUGACUGAAGGGGGUGACGAUUUUUGGUGGCCAGCAUUCACUGUUUUUAUUGUCAUACGUCCCCACUGCUCCCUGCCUGAAAAAACCGUGGUUGCUACACUUCUGCCGACGCCAGAGUCCACAUUACGUCGGUGAAGACAUACCUAGGACAAAUGCGCUGCGGGUAACGUUAAACGUUGACUGAUUGGAGUCGGUCCUGUGUGCUACGCAUCGAGUCACUCUCUGAUUGUGCCGUCUGCCCCUCGGCUUAGCAGUUCGACGUCCAGGUAAACGAAAGUAUAUCCGGGGCUUCAGCAGUGUUCUCCAUCGCAACUAACGACCCAUCUGACCAGAAGUCAAAUAAUGAUAUCUAAGGAUGCCCGGUCAUGAGGUCUAACCUCAAGCCUCGUCAACAGGUACAACAUUGGUUAGGUUAAUUUUGCUGGUUUUAUGUGCUACGUAAGCAAGUACAGUCCUGCACAGACUAAGGAAAAUGAUAAAUCAAUGCGCCUCCAUAACCAAAAAUGGCCAUUUUGUUUCCUCACCUUGAUCCUGAUUUGAUUUCAAAAUUUCACACUAAGCUUAAUUCCCGUCUGGUAGGCAAGUCAGUCUCCCGGUCAGUGUCUCAUAGGGUCUCGCCUCGUAUGAGUGGGCAAGAAGCCUGCGGACAAUAAACCCUGGAAUGAUCCGCUCGAAUAUCUAUGUAUAAAUAUUAUUGUUACUUAAACGACAUCAAUAGCCAUUUUCUUUGCUUGUAGACUGAUGAGGUGCUAUCUCAUGAUGCCGCCCCUCAACCUUCGCAUCCCGACUUCAGCAAUUUCCAAAUCGAGCAGUACUGA